CACCGUCAAUCUUCAGGAACUUGAUUGGCAUGUCCAAAAAUGUCCGGUGCUCAGGUGAGCCAGUUAAUCGCGCCCUCGGCAGCGCGGAGGAUGGUCGCCAACCGAGGCCUCGUCGGUGGAGCUCGCUAGCACCAGAAGGUUUCUUCUUUUUUUUUUUUUUAUCACAAACAUGAGGGCGACCCGCUCCACACACAGCUUCCUGCGUGUCUGCCUCCUGUCCUCUUUUAUCUACCUGUUCUGCUCCACCUGCACCGGAGUGGCGUCCGGCCGGGAAAAGGCCUCCCAUCGCCCCGCGUUGACGCAGCGCAGCCGCCGGAGCCACCCGAGCGCACGGCACAGAGGCGCGCACCACCGGCCGCUGACGGACGCGCAGAAAGCGGACCAGAACCUGCAGUUCAUGUUGAGUUUGUACCGGAGCGCAGCCGAGCCGGACGGCCGGCCCAAGCAGCACCGAAAGUUCGGCUCCAACACGGUCCGUCUGCUGAGGCCGUCGGCGUCCUCGGUGCACUACCUGCCGGCGGCAGGAGACCACCACUACAGCUUCACAGUCCAGUACAACCUCGACACUCUUCCCUCGGAGCAGCUGAUCAGAGCCUCGUUCAUCCACCUCCGCUCUUCAUCCUCUCCCUCUUCGUCCUCCUCCUCCUCCACCGCAACCGCUAGCACCAACCAGGCCCUCGAGCCGCCCCGCUGCAGGGCUCAGAUCACCUCGCUGGGCAAAGAGAGCCUGGUCACCCUGGAGCCCCACGAGCGCUGGACGGAGACGGACAUCACCGCACACGUCCAGCAGGGGAAGAACCAGGGCGCGGGGGGACACUUGACCCUCACCGCCCAGUACUGGUGCACCGAGCCUGGGCACGCCGAAGAGGACGACGGCCCCUCUUGGUGGUGGGCUUUACUUCACGGGAGAAAAAGAUGGCGAGGCGAACCUCAUCUGGAAGUCCCGUCUCUUCUUUUGUACCUGGAGGAGGAGAGGGAGGUGAAGGACUGGAUGGGGGACUUGCUGGGGACCGAAGGGGAAGACAUCAUGAGGCGAAUAGAGCAGUGGCAUCCCUCGGUUCGCCGCCGCCACCGCCGCUCCAAAGACGUUUCGAGCUCAGACCCCAAAGAUUCUUCGCUGGACGUUCUGAAAAACGCCCCGACUUCCUCCUCCUCCUCCUCCUCUUUCUCCAGCUCGCCCUCUGCCUCCAUCAUCUCCGACAUCCCCGACUACAAGCGCAAAACGGGCGCGCCCAAGAACCGCUGCAAGCUCCACUCGUUCCGCCUCUCCUUCGACGAGCUCGGCUGGAGUCACUACUUCAUCGCGCCGCCGGUGUACAACCCGCGGUUCUGCCAGGGCAACUGCCCGCGGGUGCUCCACUACGGCUACCACUCCCCCAACCACGCCAUCAUCCAGACGGUCAUCAACGACCUGGGCGUCGGGGACGUCCCCCCUCCGUCCUGCGUGCCGUACAAGUACAUGCCCAUGAGCGUGCUGGUGGUGCACAAGAAGAAGGUGGAGUACAGGGAGCUGGAGGACAUGGUGGCCGAGUCGUGCACGUGUCGCUAAAGAAAACACGCUGAAGAAAAAUGGACUUUAAAAAUAAAAGGAGGGCAGAUUUGAUGGGUCAUUUGUUUGAUCUACAGCUUGGCAGUUAACCACAACGAGCUCGAGACUGGAAGGAGGAAGUUGUUGUUGUGGUUUCAGGUCUUCGCCGUUCCUGUUAAAGCACUUUAAAGAAAGGCAGCUGCUGGAUGAGACAGAUUAUUAUUCUGUGAGCUCUUUAAAAGCACUGUGCAGAUUGGUGAAUGUGCGAUAUUCAUGGUCACUAAUGUUGUUUUUUUUGUUGUUUUUUUUGCUGUUUACAGUGUAACCUUUUUGCAUUUUGUACAUAUUUAUAAUGUGAGGUAAAAUACUGCAGGUGCUGCUACUGGCCUGUCUUUAAAAAUAAAUAAUAAUAAUAAAAAAAUCACAAAAUGAAGCAUUAGGAAGAGGUGCAACAGUGUUGGAUGUUAAAGAAAACUAACACUGGUGUUGUAGUGGCAAGGAAUGCAAUUUUUAUUACGAGUGAAAAUGAAUAAUAAAAUAAAAUGCAUGUUUUCUA